AGUAAACGAAAGUUGGAGACCCAUUCUCCAACGACUACAACAAAUAUUCUUUCUUCCUUCUCUGUUUCCUCGCUAACAAGGAAAACAAAAUCCCCAAUUUCCCUCAAUUAGGGUUCAAUCCAACCUCAAUUCUCAAACCCUCCGAUCCCCAAUCUUCCCAAAUCUCAAAACUUUUCCCUGCUGGGUCCUCGAUUCCGCCGCGGCGAGCCUCCGUAGCUCGCGAUCUCCGAAACCGACCAUGGCCAAAUUCUCACCUCGAUUCCUCGUCGUCGCGGCGCUAUGUGUGAUCCUCCCCGUCGUGGCGGCGGAUCUCGAAGACCGCGGCGUGCUGCGGCUGCCCUCGGAGGGCCUGUGCGGCAAAACGACGGCGUCGUCGUGCCCGGCGAAGUGCUUCCGCGCGGACCCCGUUUGCGGCGCCGACGGCGUGACGUACUGGUGCGGUUGCGCGGAGGCGGCGUGCGCCGGUGUGGAGGUUGCGAAAUUAGGGUUCUGCGAAGUGGGGAAUGGGGGGUCCGCACCGAUUCCGGGGCAAGCUUUGCUUUUGGUGCACAUUGUUUGGCUCAUUGUGUUGGGCUUCUCCGUAUUGUUCGGUCUUUUCUAGAUUUUGGGGUUUCUGUAGCUAUGAUGAUCAGAGGGUGUUAUUGAUUGUUUUGGUUCUUUUCAAUUCUUUGAGGUUUUUUCUUCUGUAAAUUGAUCACACGGCCAUUCAUUAUUGGAUUGUAUCAUUGUAUGUAUGAAUAUUGUUAUUGUUGUUAUUUAUGUAAUGUAAUUCCACUACCUUCUUCAUUGAUGA